AAGACAGGAAAUGGAAAUAAAGAGUAGGAAAUCUUCUCAACUUUCUUCUGCAUGAUUGCCUUUGAUUUGCAUGUCCACUACUGUACCUAUCACCAUCACAAUCACCAACUCUUGUGAAAUACUUGGCCAAAUUCAAGCAAAUUAAACCUUUUUCUUCAAGCACAGCAAAAAUGCCUGCAAAUUUAAGCUUCUUCGCUGAAACCAAGAUCCCACAUCAGAGAAACUAUGGCGGAGAUGUUUUUCCGGCCGUGCUGUCUCCGGCGUCUGUACAAUCCCGUAAUCCGUCUGUUUUGACGGCGGCCGUUAAGGAGCAGAAGCCAUGGCUGGACUCUCUUCUCCAUACCCACGGGGCUAUUCUAUUUCGUGGGUUUGAUUCUUUAGCUACUGCUUCGGAAUUCAACAACGUCGUCGAAGCGUUUGGGUAUGAGGAGCUGCCGUACGUCGGCGGCGCCGCUCCGAGGACUAACGUUGUUGGCCGGGUUUUUACUGCUAAUGAGUCCCCGCCUGACCAGAAAAUCCCUUUUCAUCAUGAAAUGGCUCAGGUUCCCCAGUACCCUUCCAAGUUGUUUUUCUUUUGUGAAGUAGAACCUGCUGAUGGGGGUGAAACUCCCAUUGUUCUCAGUCAUGUUGUAUAUGAGAGAAUGAAAGAGAAGUAUCCAGACUUUGUCGAGAAGUUGGAGAAGCACGGACUGAUAUACACACGGGUUUUGGGAGAAGAUGAUGAUCCUUCAUCCCCGAUAGGGCGUGGCUGGAAAUCGACAUUCUUGACGAAAGAUAAGAGUGUGGCUGAGGAGAGAGCUGCUAAGUUAAACAUGAAGCUGGAAUGGACAGAGGAUGGUGUGAAAACGAUAAUGGGACCAAUCCCAGCUGUUAAAUAUGACGAAACAAGGCAGCGCAAGAUUUGGUUCAACAGCAUGGUGGCUGCCUAUACUGGCUGGGAAGAUGCACGAAAUGAUCCCAAGAAGGCAGUAACAUUCGGCGAUGGAAAUCCUUUGCCAGGUGAUAUCAUCUACGAUUGUCUAAAAAUCCUAGAAGAGGAAAGUGUUGCCAUUCCAUGGCAGAAAGGUGAUGUAUUGUUGAUUGAUAAUUUGGCUGUUCUUCACUCUCGAAGACCGUUCACCCCUCCUCGCCGGAUAUUAGCCUCUCUUUGCAAGUAAGAGAAGUGCUUUCUGCAGCUGAACAUUGUUGAGUGAGGCCUACAGUCUUGUGAACUUGAUACUUGGCGUACAAGUUGAUGUAAAUGGUACUGUUGGAUUUAAUACACGCCUAACAACUUUAUAAGUAGUAGAGCCUUCAUAUUUAUGCA